UACCUGCCAGCCAGUACUGAGGAUUUGCUGAAAACUGUUCGCGAGCUUAUCGAUGCCAAUGGCAAAGCAUGCCGUGAAGGGAGGGGAAAGCACGCGUCACCCGCUACCUUGAGGGCGUUUUUGAGGACUGGUUUUGAUGUCAAUAACAACGACGACAACAACAACAACAACAACAAGCGUCCCGCCGCGACCGAGGAUGACGACUUUUACACCCCGAACAGAACCAAGCGCGUCAAACCCGAGAUGGAUCCGAAUGCCACAAACUUUACCGUUCACGCCAAAGGCCCCUACACCGUUCGCGUCUGGGAGGGCGACAUCCCAGUUGCCGAGUUCAGCUCCAGCACCCCUGCGACGGUCCAGGUCAAGAUAAUUCAGAAGAGUGCUGCCUCUGCUGCCGCUGUCAUUGACUUGGACGAGAGUGACAACUGAGAAGCGGGGAUUACUGUUGGAGUUGUAAGGGAAGGAGCGUUGGAACAGGAAGAAGGAGCGUCUAGUUAACCCUCUGGAAUUGCGAUUCCCCGCCGCGCACCUUCUAUUCCAUAUCCCAACUCAGUGGGAAGCCAUUGUCAAUUCUCUGGAUCACUCGGGCACUGACAUCACUCUUGCCCGGCAUCCAGCAAAGUCUGUGAAAGGGGGUGGGGGAAUGAAGGUUGCUUUCAUGUCCGCGGCAGCCGAUGGGUCAUUCAAAGUGGGAUAGAUGGGGAAAUAUUCCUUGAUGGUACCUAGAUAAUGG